AUGACUAUCGGCUCUUAUUCCCACGACAGCGGCCGGUUGCUGAGCCUAGAGGACGGCUCGUCCUCAGGAGGACGGGACGCGGACGGCACCACUGCCAAGCGGGAGGGGCCCAGUGACUAUGAAAUCUCCCUGGAAAACAAAAACAAACAGAUAGAAGACCUGGAGCAAAAGUACGGAGGCCACCUCAUCGCCAGACGGGCCGCCCGCCGCAUCCAGACAGGCUUCCGUCAGUACCAGCUCAGCAAAAAUUUCCAAAAGAUCCGCAACUCGCUCUCGGAGAGCAAGCUACCGCGCCGGAUCUCCCUGCGCCAACCCAGCCCCUCGGGACGGGCCCGCAAUAGCACCCAGAGACACAGUUACUCUCUCCAUCCGGGAGGGGGGCAGAUUCCGCUUCGUUCCAAGACGCCUCCUCCGCCGCCGUGUCGCUCCACCUCUCUACCGCCGUCUCCCGCGUCUGCCCCGGCAGCGGCCGCCGCUCCCACCUCCGGGGCGCCGCCCUCUCAAAGCCCCGGACCUUCGCUUUCGCAGCUGGAGGACUGUUUCUCCGAACAAGUGAGUCUGUUUGAAUACCAGAAAUUCAAAUCCUGCUUCUCCGGGGUCCGCCCUGGGCUGGUCACCAGUCAACAAAAAAAGUCACAUUGGAACCGAUGGACGAUGUCGAUGUCCUCAUGA